AUGGAGUGUUCGGUUGGAAAAAUAGUUGGUGAAGUGUGUCAUAAAACCAAAAUUUUUGAUUUUGAGAGCAGCUUUUCGGAUGAAGACAAAGAUUUAUUACGUAUUCGCGUGGGACAGUCAAUAGAAAAUAUAUGCAUCUUCCAUAAGGACAGGUACCUUACCUAUUAUUCUACCUGGUUUGGAAAAUCCUGUUGCGAUCCCUUCAAAAGGCACAAAUCAAAAAUUAAAAAAUCUCUCUGUAUUCUUGGCAAUACCUUCUGCCAAACACAAAAAAAUAUACAUUUAGUACCUGGAAAUGCUAUUUGCCUGAACUGCCUAAAAAAACUUAAAAAAUUCAAAGACGGAGACAACGAAGAAGAUUGGCAAGAUAAUAAUGAUAGUAUUAUUAUUGAUGACAUUGACGACGAUUUUAUUCCACCUGAAGAGCUUAAGAAAGAGGUAUCAGAAAUAUGCAAAUUGUUAAGAAUUGAAGAGAUUGGCCUCUCAAGUACUAUUAGUAAAAAAGCAAUUGAAAAAAAAGCUUGCGAAGUUAAACUAGUAUUUAAAAAGAAAUGCUUAAAAGUUUUAAAUUUAAGUGACUCUGAAGAAGAGCCAGAUGAUGAUGAAAUGGGCCGAAAUUAUAUUAGUCUGGUGAAGGAAAUUAAAGAGACGAUUCCUACACUUGAUUAUGAAAAUAAAAUAAAUAUUAUAAGCUUAGCACCAAAAUCGUGGUCCCUUAAACGAGUUGCAAGUGAAUUUAAUAUUUCUGAAAAAACCGUGAGAACUGCUAGAAACCUGUCAAAAGAACAUGGCAUUUUUCCCAAAAGUCGUCAAAUAAAUUUAAAAGGCAGACCAUCUAUUUCAGAGGAAGUGCAUACUACAGUGCUUGAUUUUUAUCAACAAGAUGAUGUUAGUAGGCUUUGUCCAGGAGCAAAAGAGUUUACCUCUGUAAGGGAUAAAUCUGGAAAAAAAGUCCAUAAGCAAAAAAGGCUGCUUCUUUUCAACUUGAAAGAAUUAUUUUUAAUGUUUAAAGAGGAAAAAUCCUACAUAAAAAUAGGAUUUUCAAAAUUUUGUGCACUUCGACCUAAAUGGUGUGUACUUGCAGGUGGGGCUGGCACCCAUACAGUAUGUGUGUGUCUUUACCAUCAAAAUUUGAAGCUUUUAUGUAACGUGAUAUCAAAAAGUGUAAAGUACACUACUUUUAUAGAAGCUACAGUCUGUGACGUAAACAAUGAAAACUGUAUGUUUGGAGAAUGCAAAGAAUGCCCUGGUAAACAAAAAUUGGAACAGCUUUUGUCAGAAAUGGUUGAUGAUGGAAAUAAAACAGUGGUAUACAAUCAAUGGAUUUCAACUGAUAGGUGCCAUAUGAAGCAGAUACAAGAGAAAUAUUCUGAGUUUCUGGAGACUUUCAAGGAGCAAGUGCUUAAAACAAAAGAACACCAUUUUGUCGCAAAAUCACAAGGAGCUUUUUUAAAACAAUUAAAAGAAAGUUUGGGUGAAGGUGAAUUUAUAGUUUUGUGUGAUUUUGCCGAAAAUUAUUCAUUUACAGUUCAGGACGAAGUUCAAAGUUUCCACUGGAACACUUCCAGUGCCACACUCCACCCUUUCCUUAUUUAUUACAAAGAUAUUUCAGAUACCAUUCAAACUCAAUCUUUUUGUGUGUUAAGUGAUGUCAAAAACCAUACCACCUUGGAGUUUGCAGUCUUUCAAAAAUACUUUAUUCAGUUACUUAAAACCAGAUUCCUUUGCAUCAAAAAACUCUUUUAUAUGACUUAUGGAUGUGCUGGUCAAUAUAAGAAUAAAAAAAAUUUUUUGAAUCUGUAUUAUCAUGAAGAGGACUAUUUGUUGGAGGCCGAGUGGCACUUCUUUGGAACAUCUCAUGGCAAAAGUGCCUGUGAUGGUGUAGGGGGCACUGUAAAGAGGGUUGUUCGAAAAACCAGCCUCCAAAGAACAAGUAGCAAUCAAAUUCUAGAUAUUGAUAGUAUGUUUAAUUUUUGUCACGAAUAUAUUAAAGGUAUUUCUUUUUUGUUGAUAAAACAAGAAAAAUUAGACAUUGAAAAAGAUUUUUUUGAUAAACGGUUUCAAUUAGCUUUACCUAUAAAAAAUACCAGAGCACAUCAUGGAUUUAUUCCGCAAAAAGAUAAUUUGUUAAAAAUUAAAAAAUAUUCUAAUUCAAAUUUAUUCACUAUUGUUAAAGUACAAAAGUGA